AUGCAGUUCAUUACCAUUGUCAUUGCUACCCUGGCUGCCGUUGCCUCCGCCUCCUCUGACUUUGAGAAGCGCACCUGCGUCGCCAACUACGAUGUUGCUUGCACAUCUAGUAACCCCUGCUGUGAUAGCUGGCAAUGUGUCGGUGCCACUGAGUGGAACGCCGGCGUCUGCAUCCCUAACUAG